GCUCCGUCACGGCUGUCCGUCGUCGUGUUGGACGAGACUUCGCAGCAACCUGCCCAUUCUAACCUCCUCUCAUCCGAAUCCCCUUCCACUUUGCGAGCAUGUUCCAAAAUGAGCUUGCCUGGCUUCGCCGACAGUCUGUUCGUGGACUGCUCGCCCAGUUCCUCACCGUCCUGACGGUCCUCUCGACCUCGCUGGCCCUCUACAAGGGGCUGUCAUGCGUAGUCGACUCCGAAUCGCCCGUCGUCGUCGUCCUCUCGGGAAGUAUGGAGCCAGCCUUCUAUCGCGGAGACCUGCUGCUACUGAGCAUGCCGAGCGAGAAGCUGAAAGUGGGGGACAUAGUCGUGUAUAAUACCGUCUACGGGGGCACGCCUAUCGUUCAUCGCAUCUUGGAGACGCAUGAUGACUACGAAGGCAAUGACCAGCUCAUACUGACAAAGGGAGACAACAACGACUCGGACGAUGUAGUGCUAUAUGGCGGUCCCAGCUGGCUGAGGAGAAGUCAGAUCGUGGGCAAGGUGCAAGGCUACGUCCCCUACGUGGGCUACAUGACCAUUGUCCUCAACGAUUACCCAAAGCUCAAAUACGCCCUGCUCGGAUUGAUCGGUGUCAGCGUGCUCUUCAGUGGGGAGGACUCAUGACGAUACGGAACGAGGCGAUAGCAGUCUACAAUUCAUUGUGCUUUCGAUUCAGUCUGCG